GCCGAGACGCGCGCACCUGGCCCGGCCGCCCCGUGGUUCUCGACGCUCUCAACGUCGCGACUCAACUCGCGUGGCGAACGACGCGGUGCGGUGUUCAGUGCAGUGUAGUGGAUUUUAACGCCCAGCUAAGGAAUACUUCACCCCUGGUGACCGCCUCAUGGAGCAGCCCCCACGCUGGAUUUAGCCCCCGAGACAAGCACUGUGUGGACGCGCGCGCGCCGGCGGCGGCCAUGCCCUGAGCCGGCCCGGGCGGCCAUGCCCGGCCAUCCCGGCCAUGCCAUGCAGGAGGCCAUGACGGCUGAGUUGCCGGUGUGGGUGUUCGGCCGCUGCCGCUGGGUGAGCGGGGUGUGCCGGCGCACCACGUGCCAGGACGUGCUGGAGGCCGUGCUCGCCACCCCGGGGCCCGGCGACCACGAGCGCCACGAGCACCACGACGCGGGGGAGGGCCGAGUCACGAACAUUGACCCGUCGGCCUACGUCAUCGUGGAGCGCUGGAAGGGCGUGGAGCGCCGGCUGGACAGCAGGGUGCGCCUGCUCAAGGUGUGGGCGGCAUGGGGCGAGGCGCAGAGCGAGGUGCAGCUGCUGGUGCGGCGCGCCUGCGAGAAGGGUCGCCACGGCCACCACGCCGCGGCGGCGGCACGGGCUGGGUCGCGGGCUGGGGGGCGGCACCGCAAGCGCGCCGAGCGCAGCGCCAAGCGGCCGAGGCCCAGCCCCACCCUGCACGACCACGGCCAGGACCACGGCCGCGACCACGGCCAGGAUGAGGUGCACCGCCUCAUGAAGCUUAUCCUGGCGCAGGGCGAGACCAUCGCCGGCCAGCUCAGGCGGCUCCGCGAACGCGAGGCGCAGAUCGAGCGGCUGGAGACGGAGACGCACCGCGAGCGGGAGGCGCAGCACGGCAAGGACUACGUGCUGGCCGCCUACCUCGGCACCGUCGGCCAGGACGCCGAGGAGGACCCCGCCAAGGACGCCGCCAAGGACACGCCCAAGAGCAGGACGCAGCACGCCCAGCCCGGCAGGCCGGGCCGAUGCGGCAUCAGGCCACGGCAACUCGCGGCCCUGGACGACGUGGUGGACUGGGCGGACGAGUCGGACGACGAGCGGCGCGACGAGCGGGGCGACGAGUGGGGGCCCAAGUCACUGCCGGCCUCGCUGGCCUCGCUGGCCGCGGACGCGCCCGGCCGCCAGAAGAACAAGGACGCCGCGCGUCACCCCGAGGCCGCGGCCCCAGUGGCCGCGGGCCCUGCACCGGAGGACGGCGGCGGCGACCUCGGCGGGGACCUCGGGGCGCGCAUCGCCCUGUGGGAGAAGGUGGUGAAGGUGAACAAGCGGCUGGAGCAGCAGGAGGAACGCCUGGUCCGCCUGUACGUGGGCUUCCGGCGCAGCGACCCCGACGGUGUGGCCGUGGACGACCGGGAGCAGCUGCGGACGUCCCUCGCCCGCCUGGAGCAGGACAUCGCGGACGGCCGGAGGAGCAUGGAGGCCAACGCCGACCUGCUGAGCGAGACGGACGCGCUCCUCGACGCCAAGCGGCGCCUGCUGCGACGCCUGCUCGCCGAGAUGGAGGCGGCGGACUUGGACACGGCCAGGCUCAUGGCGGCCAGGGACGCGGCGCGGGACGCCGCGGACGCCGCCAUGGCCUCGCCGCCGCCGCCACCACCGCCGGCCGCGGUACCGCCCCCGGCACCGCCCCCGGCACGCGCGGACGCCGUCACCGUCACCGCAGUGACCGGCAGCGAGCGCAUGACCGCCCUGUCUUGCGGCGGCCAGCUCGGACAGCUCCACCAGCUCGGCAAGGGGCAGGACAACGACUCCAACUCCGACACCGGGCUGAGCUCCCUGCACUCCAGCAGCGAGGAGGGCGUGUACAUCCUGGACACGCUCGUCUGAAGAGCGUCGCGGCGUCGCGGCACGGAGCACGAACUGUUGGUUGCGUUUCACCUUGAGCGUCAGAUGUGCUGGUCACUUUUAUGUACUAUGCCCAGCGUGCCUGGCCGCAAUAACUCUUGGCCAAAUGAAGGUCAAGUCUAAACAACUUUGUUUGCUAACGCGUGAGAUUGUCUCCUUUGUGUUCUCAUUUCCUUUCAAUUUCAAUGAAGCAGCAUGAACUUCAGUCAUCCAAAGAAAGAAUUAUCUUUCUUGUUGACAGCACACCUGUAUCAGGAUGAAACAGAGCGUUGAAUUCUCUGUUACUGCUCUGCUCUUAAGUUAAUUCAAAAUUAAAUCCCAUUAAUGGCAAGUAAUUGUCCUUGUAGUCAUGUCCUUGUAAUCCAAAGAUGCCACAGCUGGCAAAUACAACGCUAUUAAAAUAUUAUAGCAAACUAGUUUAAACUUUUAAGUCACUAGCAUGAGAGUGGGUAAUAUUGAGAAUAACUUGACUCUCUCUUAGACCACAUUAUUUCAUAGCAUGUAUUGGUAGCUUAUGAACAAACAUAUAUAUGUAAAUGACCUCACACCACAGGUAAGUGAUGCUAUUUCUUUUUGGAGAAAGCAAGUAGUUGUGUAAAUAAAAAUAAGAAAACCAUUGUUGUAUACCAAGCACUUUCAAUCCGGGAGUACUAUCUGGUAUCUAGUCAGAAAUAAACUGCUUGAACAAAGGAAAGAAUAAAUUUCUUUUAUACUGAUUUAA